GAGGGAGCCUACACAGCGAAGCAGUGAGAGCCACUCGCGUUUUUUUCCUCAUUAUUUAAGCGUAUAUGCGAUUUCUUUUCGUCGCCUUUCCCUUCUUAAGAGUCUGGAGACAACUUCCUGGAAACCUUGCUGUGUAGUGGUGCCAGUCCCCCUUCCUUCUCCCCCCCUCCUCCCCCACUGCCAGCUGAGUGACGUCUCGCAUGGAGAGGAAAAAGGGGGGAGCUGAAAACUCGGCGCGCACACUGAAACCUCUCAUUCAUUUCGUCCUUAAAUGCGACCGGUUGCAGAGACGGGGGGAAAAAAACAGCCUCGGAUUUAAUUAGCUGGGUUCUCUCAGUCCUCUGCUUAGUGAUCGCUCAUUUGCGCGGGUAUUAAUCUUUCUCUCUUUUUUGUCUUACUGUCUCUCUCUCGCUCUAUCCAGUGCUCUCCCUUUCUUGCUCUCUCUGGAGGCUGUGGAGAUGAUUAUGCACCCAUGGGAGACAGACACCACAGCCGAGCCAAGCUUCCGUGCGCUUCCGUGGAGUUGUUAUGGCCGGGAAGAAUGUCACCCACUUCUGCCGGUGCACAAAUUUCAUUUUGAGCGCAGAUUUUGAGAGAUAAUCACUGCCCCCCUUUUUUUCCCCACGGAAUUUGCUUGAAUUGCGAUUGUUGAGGUAUUUCAGAUUUGAGCAGAGCGCGACUUGCCUGCGUUUCCAACAGCCAGUUAAUCUUCGGAGUGUGAUCACUGAUACUGUCCGUCUAAUGGAUGGGGGGAGCUGAAUUACUGUCGGGGUCUUCACUAUUCAACAAGCUGCGCUGCUCGCUCCUCCUGGCUGCACAGCGAUGGGCGCAGUUUGCCUGAGCCUUUCAUUCCGUCUCGCUUCUUCGGCCCAGCUUGUUGAAUCUCCACCUUGGUGACUAAAAUGGAGAUUUUCUAACAAACUUCAAAAAUCAUCAUCAGUCGACUCCAUCUUUCCUACAAAAGUUGAGCAUGGCGCGUCCGGGUCUUUGCGUCUGGAGACUGUUUUGGCUCCUGAGCGCCUUGGCGGAUUUUGCACUGCUCCAGGAGACCUACGCGCCACACUCCAUACGGACACGGGGGCACUUGACCCUCGGCGGACUCUUCCCGGUGCACUCCAGGGGACCCGACGGCACGCCGUGCGGGGACCUGAAAAAGGAGAACGGCAUCCAGCGCUUGGAGGCCAUGAUGUAUGCGCUGGACCAGAUCAACCAGGACGAGCAACUCUUACCCAACAUCACCCUUGGCGCACGGGUGCUUGACACUUGCUCGAGGGAUACGUACGCUCUGGAGCAGUCCUUAACUUUUGUGCAAGCCCUCAUCACAAAGGACACUUCAGACGUGAGGUGCACGAACGGGGAGCCGCCGGUGUUCGUCAAGCCCGAGAAAGUGGUGGGAGUGAUCGGAGCCUCGGCGAGCUCGGUGUCGAUUAUGGUUGCCAACAUCCUACGCCUGUUUCAGAUCCCUCAAAUCAGCUACGCGUCAACAGCACCGGAGCUGAGCGAUGACAGGCGUUACGACUUCUUCUCACGUGUGGUUCCUCCAGACUCGUUCCAGGCCCAGGCCAUGGUUGACAUCAUCCAAGCCUUAAACUGGACCUAUGUCUCCACUGUUGCUUCAGAAGGCAGCUAUGGGGAGAAGGGAGUGGAAGCUUUCACCCAGCUCUCCAAGGAAGCAGGUGGAAUCUGCAUUGCCCAAUCUUUGAAAAUUCCCCACAACCCCAAGACGGAGGAUUACGACAAAAUCAUCCAACAAUUGCUGGAAACCCACAACGCACGGGCAAUCAUCAUCUUCGCCAGUGAAGAAGACAUACGAGGAGUUCUCAAUGCCACCAAGAGGGCCAACCAGGUGGGCCAUUUCCUGUGGAUUGGAUCAGACAGCUGGGGUUCCAAGAGCAGCCCGAUCCACCAGCUGGAGGACGUAGCAGUGGGAGCAGUCACAAUUCUGCCCAAACGCUCCUCCAUUGAAGGAUUUGAUGAAUACUUUACUGGCCUCACCCUGGAGAACAAUCGCAGGAAUGUGUGGUUUGCGGAGUUUUGGGAGGAAAACUUUGACUGCCGGCUGCUCAGUGCUUCCAAAAGAGAGGACAGCAGCCGCAAAUGUACAGGCCAGGAGCGGAUUGGGAUCGACUCCAAGUAUGAGCAGGAAGGGAAGGUGCAGUUUGUGAUUGACGCUGUGUAUGCUAUGGCCCACGCUCUGCACAACAUGCACAGAGACUUAUGUCCCAAUCAUCCUGGCGUCUGUCCACAAAUGGAGUCCACAGAUGGGAAGAUGCUGCUCAAGUACAUACGCAACGCCAGCUUCAACGGUAGUGCCGGCACAUCUGUUGUGUUUAACAAGAAUGGCGAUGCCCCAGGACGCUAUGACCUGUUCCAGUUCCAGGUGACCAACUCCUCGGGCCCAGAGUACAAGGUGGUGGGACAGUGGGCGGACACCCUUCAACUCAGGCUGGAGGAGCUUCAGUGGCCAGAUGGGGAGCAGGAGGUGCCCAACUCUGUGUGCAGUUUGCCUUGCAAAACCGGGGAGAGGAAGAAGAAAGUGAAGGGCAUGCCAUGCUGCUGGAUCUGUGAGCUAUGUGAUGGCUACCAGUACCAGUAUGACGAGACCUCCUGCAGAUUAUGCGCGUACUACAUGAGACCCAAUUCCAACAGAACAGCGUGCCAGCCCAUCCCCAUCAUAAAGCUGGAGUGGCACUCUCCUUGGGCAAUAAUCCCCGUCUUUCUGGCCAUGCUUGGAAUCAUCGCCACCAUCUUUGUGAUGGCGACAUUUGUGCGCUACAAUGACACCCCCAUAGUGCGGGCAUCUGGCAGAGAACUGAGCUACGUGCUGCUAACUGGCAUCUUCCUCUGUUACAUCAUCACCUUCCUCAUGAUCGCCAAGCCUGAUGUAGCUGUAUGCGCCUUCAGGAGGAUCUUCCUGGGCCUUGGCAUGUGCAUCAGCUACGCGGCCCUCCUCACCAAGACCAACCGGAUCUAUCGGAUCUUUGAGCAGGGCAAGCAGACAGUCACAGCCCCUCGCUUCAUCAGCCCAACCUCACAGAUUGCCAUCACCUCCAGCCUCAUCUCUGUGCAGCUUCUAGGGGUUCUGGUGUGGUUUGCCGUUGAUCCGCCGAACACAAUUGUUGACUACGACGAGCAAAAGACGAUAAACCCCAUGCUGGCUCGAGGAGUCCUUAAGUGUGACAUCACAGACCUGCAAAUAAUCUGCUCUUUAGGCUACAGCAUCUUGUUGAUGGUCACCUGCACCAUCUACGCUAUCAAGACCAGAGAUGUACCAGAAGACUUCAAUGAAGCCAAACCCAUCGGCUUCACCAUGUACACUACUUGCAUAGUAUGGCUGGCUUUCAUCCCAAUUUUCUUUGGCACAGCCCAGUCAGCGGAGAAGCUGUACAUUCAGACAACCACCCUGACCGUCUCCAUGAACCUCAGUGCCUCAGUCGCACUGGGCAUGCUCUACAUGCCCAAGGUGUACAUCAUUAUCUUCCACCCUGAGCUGAACGUGCAGAAGAGGAAGCGUAGCUUCAAGGCUGUGGUCACCGCUGCCACAAUGUCAUCCCGUCUGUCUCAGAAACCCAGUGAGAGACCCAACGGCGAGGCUAAGACUGAGCUGUGUGAGAACCCGGCUGCUGACCCCAUGAGUCAAGCCACAAAGAAAACUUAUGUGAGCUACAACAACCUCAGGAUCUGAUCUGCUUAGAAACACUUUGUCCUCUGUUUGUGAUCAGGAAAAAAAAAGCAAGAAAAGCUGUAGGAUCCGAGAAAGAAAGACAGACAGAGAGCGCAGGCAUCCCAGCACCACCUGCGGUACCUAUGCACUCCAGGACUGUGGAUAGCAUCCAACCUUCAUUCUGACAUGAUGCAUGAGUCCUAACAGAUACGAACAGAGCGGUGGGCCUGUGUGACUGUGUCGGCCCCUCAGAACCAAACCACAGGUUGUAAACUUGUGAUGUGGCCCUCUUCUCUUUGUCUGACGGAGAACGCAUUGCCUGCUGAAAAAUGGGGUCACUGUGAAAGAGGACAAACGCAUAAAAAUGGACCGUUGAUCUGCUUCAAGAAAUUUUCUUUUGAAAUGUCAUUAAAGCCAUAUUCUCUUGGGGUUUCCAUUAUCUGAUUUCUGUUUUGUAUUGUUUAAGUGAUUUUCUUCUGUGCCUCUUUUUUCUCUUGGAGUUGAUUUAAUUACCUUGAACAGCGAUCUCUGCCACACACAGCAUUUUGAUUUAUCAACUUCAACUCAACUCAGUCCCAGAUGAUUUUUACCGAGUGAUGGGCAUUGUGAGUAUAUUUUUUUUGUAAAUAUUUGAGAGUAUUUUCAUGUUUGAAGAGCACAGAAAUAGAUAUCCAGUCUUUGUUCAGUUGGAUUUGGAUGGUAACUAAAAAGCACCACAAAGUGUCCACUUUGCAUGUGCCAAUGUAUGUCUGUUCUAUUUGAUGUAAACUAAACAAACAAAAAAAAUCAUAAGAAAAAUAAAUUCAGAAAAUGAUGAUGAGCUUCUGCAUCCUUCUGCAUUUUUUUUUAUCUUUACCAGAUGUGAAUUUUGUUAGAUUUUGGAAUAUGGCUUUAAAGUGUAACUGGAAGCAUGUUUGUUUUACAUAGUUUUGUACUGGGUUUAUUUUGCCUAAUUAAAGUGUGGGAAACAGUCACAUCGGAGCAAUCAUGCAAGUAUGUUGUGAUGUCUGUCCAAUUACCAACAUGUAAUAAAAUCAUUUUGUUAUUGUUUAUACAAUCAUACUGGACAGCAUCAUAAUCUUUUUUAUGCAUGUGCAUAGUAGAGUCCCCCUGGACUUACUCUGCUGUGUGUUUUAGCUGGACAUCUUGCAAAAUGGUUUAAACUAGGGAAUGGAUAAGUACAAGCAGGAGCUGUGGUGUUUGUUUCUGAAAGGUGAUGGAUAUUCUACAUGCUGCUUGGCAGUCUCAGCUCACAGUGGGACAUAUUAGUGAGCUCACUGAGCAGAAACGAAACCUGAUGAGAAGAGGUUCUCCAGCACAAUCUUUUUACCCAUAUUGUCUUCUUGCAUCUUCAUCUGUCUUUAUCAAAUGUUCUUCUUUAAGGUAUCACCACCAAUCACCCAUGGUGACUUGAAAACCCCUCAAUCUUUUUCCAGAUUUUGUCAUAUCAGACACAAACUCUGUAUUUGUUUUUUGGGACAUUAUGUGAUAGACCAACAAGUACAAAUCUGUGAAGUGGAAGGAAAGUGAUUCAUGGUUUUCACGAUGUUUUGCAAGAAAAAAACUCAGAAAAAAGCAAUCUCCUGGAUGCAAUUCCACCUGCAAGUCUUUUUUUGUUUCAUGUCACUUUAACAUUGUCUAUUCUUUUAAAUACAGCAAUUCCAUCCAUAUUUUGCUAAUACAUACUUAUUUUUGAUUAAAACUGACUGGCUUCCAUGCUCCUGCAUCCCCUCAGCAUUAUGCUACCACCACUAUGUUUGGGGAUGCUGUUUUCAGUAUUUUUUUGCCAAUCAUAACAUUUUGCUUGUCAGCCAGAGAGUUAUGGUCUCCUUUGACCAAUACAUGCUUUUCUCAGUGUUUUCCAUUUCCUGUGUCAAACAGCAAAUUGAGUUUUGAAGGUUUUCUGUCAACAUCAGAACUAUUAGCUGCAUCGAUGGAUGUUGCUCCUCCACAGUUAUAAUGUGCUAUGUGGUCAUGUUUCUAAAUAAACCUCUGCUUGCAUGUCAGUUCUGGGGGGACAGUCGUGGGUUUUCAGUUUGUGCCAUACAUUUUCCAUUUUCAACAAAUGGAUUGAAAUUUUGCUCUGUGAAAUUUUAUAAAAUACCAGGAUAAAUCUUUUAUUUUCUACUCUUUUAAACUCCUCUGCAAUUGUAUCCCUGAUACAAUUGCAUCUUGUCCUUGGUCUUUAUGUUGCAUUUUGGUCCCUUGUGUUCUCUGAGGCCUUCACUUAACAGAUGGAUUUAUUCUGAGAUUAAGCUACACACAGGUGGAUUGUAUUAUUUACUAAUUAGAUGAACAUCUUGGAAACCAUAUAUCCUCUCCCUCCUAUUUCCCAGUUAUACAUUAUACUUUAUGUCGCUUUAUCACAUAAAAUCCCAAUAACAUACAUUGGUAACUGUGAUUGUAACAUGAAUAACUGUGGAAAAUAUAAAAGCAUCUGACUACUUU